AUGCAAUGCCCCAGACUAGUUUUUGAGUAUCUCGAAAUAAAAGAUGAUUUUAAUAUUAGUAAAACAAGAUUUUACGAUUAUCAAAAAGUGGAACAAGAAGAUGUUGAAAAAGCAUUUUUUUAUAGAUAUUCAAGAAGAAAAGUUGAUAAAAUGGAAGACGGAGAAAUAGAUUUAAUAUCAAAUUUUAUCAGCGAAAGAUGUCCAACAUUUAGUGGCAAAGGAAAGAAUAAACCUAAAAGAUUGGAUAACCUUGAUGAAUUAUAUGAAAGUUAUUGCAAUUUGAUUUUAGAAGAAAAUAAACAAAGAAUUAAAAACGAUGGUUGGGAAAAAUUGAAAAAAAGAAUUUCAAAUUAUAAUUAUCAUGUUAAUAAAUUUUAUCAUCAAAGAGAACAAUACAAUUAUUUAAAGUCCAAUAUUGAAGAAAAUGAAGUUUUAUUAACAACAGAUUUUACAAAAUAUUCAUAUAAAGUUACAGAUUUUAUUAUUGAACUGAAAUAUAAAGAUAAAAUUUCAAAAGAAAUAAUUACAAAAUAUUAUCACAAUUUAGCUGAUAGAAAUGUUAAAGGAGAAAAAAGUCAUGAUGGAUUUGCCGGAUGGAAUUUUGCAAUACAUUGUCUAGAUUAUUUAUUUAAAAAUGAACAAACAUUUAAAAAAUCAGAAAAGAUAAUCUUAUUUUCAGAUAGUGGACAAGAUUUUCACUGUAAAGAAUAUUUAUUUUUAUUAAGUGAAAUUGCUAGUAAUCAUAAAAAAGAAAUGGAAGUUUAUUUUUUUGCAGAGUAUCAUGUCUGUAAUGGUUGUGAUUCUGCUGCUGGUUUAGUUUCAAUAGUAAUAACAAAAUUCCAAAUUGAAAGCAAAGAAGAAUUUAAUAGUGGAGAGAAUAUUUUUAACCAUUUAUGCAGAUAUCAAAACGAAAAAGACUCAUUAGAAAAUCAUGUUAUAAAAUUCUACAAUAAAAUUCCAAAACGAGAAAUUACAGUUGAGAAAUUACCAAAGAAAGUAAAGAAAUGGAGACAAUGGAAAAUAAUUGGUAUUGGAUAUUUUGAAAUGAGAGAACUCUAUUUAUGUGGUGAUAAGGACACCCAAAAGAUAAAAAGAAUGAAAUAA